AUGCAAGAUUUCAAUCGUUCAUUUGACUCGCAGACGGCUUUAGCCUACGGUGGACAAGCACCAGUCGGUGGGCCAGUCCAAGUGCCAAUAACUAUGGAUCCAAGACCUGUACCGCUUUAUAGAGGAAAUCAGGGCCUUGGCUUCAAUAUUGUUGGCGGUGAGGAUAAUGAGCCAAUCUAUAUCAGUUACGUAUUGCCAGGAGGUGUUGCAGAUUUGAGUGGAAAUGUUAGAAAGGGUGAUGUUCUGCUGGAAGUAAAUGGACGUUCACUUCGCAAUGCAACUCAUUCGCAAGCUGCUGAGGCGCUGAAGAAUGCUCAGAAUCCUGUAACGCUUACGUUGCAGUAUAGACCACAUGGUCAGUUUUAUCUUUUAGAGAAUAUUUCAAUAGAUUUUUCGUUUUAAAA